CAAAGAGCUGUCAUGUCUCACCCAAAGCUCAUGGAUGGCACGUGCAGAGAGGACAAGAGGUCCUUCCCUUGCUCUCUUGAUAUGGGCUGGCCUGGCUGGCCUGGCUGGCGCCGAAGUGCCCGUUCUCGCGGAGCUCCCGAGCGGGGAGCUGCCGGACAUCGAUUGCUUGGACGUGCAAAGUUCGCAUGUGGACUGGACCAGUAUCAGGUACCAUGCCUGGGAGUUUGAUGCCCACUGGCAGGCUCCCCGUCCGGCAGUGCUGGCACAGUUGAGAGAUCGCGGCGAAGCGCUCCUGCGCGUUCUCACCUUGGCAGACCAGAAGGCGGUGGGGCUGAUGGCCUGUCAGAUGGAGACGUUGACGAGAAGGUCUGACAUUUGUGGUUGUGAUGGUGGGCCAGGAGGUAUGGGGCUGCAAGAGUUUGAUUUGGGCUUUGAUCAAAGGAGCUUGAAGAGAUUCUGGGGGAAUAAUGGAUCGGAGCUUGUGGAUCUGGUCACGAAGGUGAGCCGUUGCGUCACUCUGAGUGUCUACGAGCGCCCCACUGCUGUGAGCGAAAGCUACAGCAGAGGCUCCAAACAACACAUCAUCGCUUUGGGCACCCGAAAACAACGAUGGAUGGCUGCGGAGCUCUUGAGGAUGAUCGUGUACACCACCAUCGAGAAGUGGUUAGGCCGAGUUCCUGCCAAACUUGGUGGAGAAUGCUGCCUGCUGACUCUCCCAGGGCAGGCGUUGACACAGUUCUUUGGCUAUCGGCAGCGCCACUACCGAGACUUGAUGCAUGAGACCAACACCAUCAUUGUUCCGGUGCAACAAAACAAGGGUGGCAUCGAGAAGAAGGACAUCGACGAGGUGGAAGAUUUUAUCGCCAACAUGAUGGAGGCAGACGAUCCGUUUGAGAUUGCCAUUUUCGGGGAGCCAUUGGCGCAAAGCAUUGUGCUUGUGAAGCUGUAUGCCCUUGUGGAGAGAAAGGUGCCCGGCUUUGUGAUCCGCUCUGGCCAGUCAGAGGAGCAGAUCGAUCCAAGUGAUGGCGUUGGCAUCGACAAGAUCCGAUUAACCUUCGAUUUUCAGGAAGAUGCCACCAACAAGAAAGCUGAGAUUCUAUCGGAAGCUGCGGGCUGCUAUGCUGCUUGUAUCGGAAACCUGCUUUUAUUGGCAGGGCAUUUGAAGAACCGACAGCGUGCCAGAGAAUAUGCUCAGUUCUUAGCGCCAAAGCAGCGAACGACUGGAGGCAAAUUUCCCUACGUCCAUGACGUGGACGUGAGGGCCGACAUGAUGGCCACGUGGGUUCCGGAAGAUGCAAGCAAGUCCAAAUGGUUUAAAGACCGGUUAAAGUCUCUCAUGGAGGAAGGAAAGAUGUGCGCCUUCUUUGACGACUGCACCAACGACAAUGGGGAGCGACGCUUGAUCUUUGCGGGCAUCAGGGUGGAAAAUGAGGAGGAGAAAGAGGCUGUCAUGGAGGUGGUGACCAAGACCCAGGAUCUAGCGAAAGAUGCCGUCGAUUGGAUUCACGAGAGGUACAAGAGCAUUGACUCGAGCCAAGAAUGGUCAUCGUGGAAGCGCCGAAGGACGAUGGUUUCCAGCACCCUCACGAAGCAAGAGGAUAAGCCGUCCGAUCCCGUGGACAGUGAACACUGGAACCAAGGGCGGGAAGAGAACUCAAUGAGUUCGUCAAGCUGGUCCAGCUGGUCCAACUGGCAGAAUCCAUCCGAUGAGCCCACUUCGGCCUCCAGCGGGCUUCGUGUGCCUCAGACGCCUGCGGGCUUCGGGCCACAUGGCAACACAGCACCCCACACGCCCAUGCCCGCCGCUCGCGGCGCGCCACGGACGCCUGCGGGCUUUGGCCCUUAUGGGCUCUCGGCACCUCAAACACCUGCGCUACCCGCGGCAUCUGCGGCCGCAUGGCGCCCCAAGGAGCCCGACUCUCGGGCUGCUGUGCCACCACCGGCCACUCCAGCACGGCCUGCCCCUGCCAGCUACACCAGCCCCGAGUCCUUGCCGCAUGAAGCUUUUGGUUGGACCACGCGUGCGCCAGAUUCUUUUGCCGAGUGUGCGCUGGGCACUCUCUCAGCUGUCCUGUUGGUGCCUAGCUCAGUUCGCACAGCCGAUUGCUCUGGUCAGACUGGGCCUGGGCCUGGAAUCUUUGAUGAGUUGUGGAGAGCGCUUCUCCUAGGACCUGAUGCAGUCCCUUUGUACACACUGGGUACAUCCACAUGGCCGAUUGCAUCAAUGCUGGCCAAGUGGCAAUCCUACUGUGGAGAAGAUCCGGAUUUCAAGAUCGUCCGCUAUCGAACGUCCAGGCAGGAGGUGGUGCAAUUCCUCUCGCGGGCGGAGGAGGCCACCGAGGAACAUUUGAUGCCUCUUCUGUGGCAGCCGCGUGAGAAAGCUGGAGCAGUUGAAGUGAUGUUGGGCAUGUUUGUUGCCACCACACUGCGUCCAGCUCUCAACCUGAAAAAGCGGCCCACAUGCGGAGCCCGAGUUCGCGAGCACUUGCCCGGCAGUCAUGUGCGCGGAAGGUGCGACACUCAUGCUGAUCCGUUUGCUUGGCCCACCUGUGCCGCGAGACCCCUUGCAUCGUGCAUGGCCGAGCUGACCUCGCUGAUUGCGCAGACCUCUUUUCGAAAUCUCACGCGCGCACCUACGGUCUUCGCCGUCGUGGCUGUCUCCUACUUCAUCGCCUGGCGCUCGCAUGACACCUUCUUGGAGGUGAAGCAUGCCGAGAUCCGGAGAGUCCUUGAAGAAGGCCUUCAGAAGGUCAGUGGGUGCCAAACGGGAUGCGAUUUGCUGCAUCACUUCCAUCAGCAGGGUGAAGCUGCUCUUCGAACCUGGUGGCAGGCGCUGGUCGCUGCCCACGCUCCACUCUCUUUGGAAGCAACUUGGGCGUUGGCUCGUGUCCCAUCCCACUUUGCAGUGUCAAGGAGCAGGCGAGCGAAUGUGCCCUCAAGACCAGCUCCGGUCUUCGUGGUGGGGGGUGCUCAUGGCCCCAUCCAUGAACAAUGGAUUCUCCAUUUUCUGCAUCGGGCAGCUGAUUUGAAGUUGCGGCGCAUGAUCUUCGUCACUGCUGAGGUGGAAUGGUUGCUGACGUGCGAAGAUGUACGACAAAGCCGCCAAAGACUGGGCCAUUUGUUGUGCGUGCGCGUCGCGCAUCCAUUUGCCAAGCCUUUGCAUGACAAGGCGAAGUUCUACUUGUUUCCCCUACUCCUGUCGCUGGGCAUGGACAUCGUGUCGUUGGACUUGGACGUGUUUCUCUUCAAGGACCCAACGGCCAAACUCCUGGAUGCUGUCUAUAAGAAAGAUCCUUUGGACAUGGCUGUCAUGGACCACUUUGACGGAACCUGCUUGAAUGCCGGAGUCCUUGUGGUUCGAGCAAGUGACCGAGCACUUCUAUGGGUUUUGCAGUAUAUCCAAUGGAUGCAUGUCUACCCCUUCGGCCACUUGUCUGCUUGGACUCCUUUCUGA